UGAACUAUGAAUAUGAUAGAGGAGGAUGAAGAAGCGAAGCAGCAACAUUGAGUAUUGAAAAUGGUGGAAAGAAGAAGAAAGCCUCUGAUACUGUGUUCUACAAAACACAUAAUCAAUUCCACUGCCCCAAUCUUCCACCAUCAAUCUUCUCCUAGCUUCCGCAUACCCGUAGGAAUUCUCCGAUUCCCAAACCCAAACACAAACCCCUCUCUCGACCACUCCGCACUCAUCGCCCUCUCCACUCGCCUCCUCAAAACCCUCUCCAUCGCUUCAGGUUCACCGGUUCUGAUCAAGAAUGUCGACACCAACACACAAAAAGUCGCAGUGGCCGUUGCUCUUGAUCCACCAUGCACCACCAGUACCACUAACAUAGACUUAGACGCACCCUCUUCUUCUUCUUCUUCUUCUUCUCCAAUAAUGCUUGUUUUUCCAUCUUGUGAUUUCCCUCUUGGUGGUGGCUCUUUGUUAGAUGAUCAAGUUGCUUAUGUAUCUCCUCUUUUGGCCUUUAACCUUAACCUGCACGUGGCGUGCUUAAAAUCCAUUCUUUUCCACGGUCAAGAUGCUUUGGCUUCGUAUUUCAAACCUCAGGGUAAAAGGGGUGACGAGGAUGCUACUAAAAGCAAUGUGGAUUCUGUCAUCAACGUUGAAUUGGAACCGCUUGCUCGGCCUCCAAGGUUUGUCUCUCUUCUGAGGGUUUCUUUUGUGAAGAUACCAAAAUGUGGCAUCCUUAAAUCCGUUAGAGCAAGUUCACCUGUUGAGUCCCAAGAGCGGCAAGACAUGAUUGACUUGGCAUUGCAAAAGUACUUUGAGGUUGACAGGUAUUUGUCAAAAGGAGAUGUUUUUGGGAUUAGCAUAAGUUGGAACUGCAAUUCCCCCAUUUGCGUCCCUUGCAAUCAAGAACUGCUAAAUAAAAAUGACAACCUUAUUUGUUUCAAGGUUGUAGGUAUGGAACCAUCAGAUGAACCGGUUUUCCGUGUCAACAACACCUUAACUGCUCUCGUGCUAGUAGGGAGCUCUCCAUCCGCACUCCCUCCAGAUUUGUUAAUUGGUGGACCUGAAGGACCUGUGCCUUUGCAAGGGGACACUGUGAAGAUCUUGGCUUCGAUACUAACACCAACUCUUUGUCCAUCUGUACUUUCUUCCAAGUUUAGAGUUUCAGUUCUGUUGUAUGGCUUGGCAGGUUGUGGGAAAAGGACUGUUGUUAGAUAUGUUGCUCGUCGACUGGGGCUGCAUGUGGUGGAGUAUAACUGUCAUGAUCUAAUGGUGUCUGAUAGAACAUCUGUUGCUUUAGCGCAAGUUUUCAAAACAGCUCAAAGAUAUGCGCCAGCAAUACUUCUUCUUCGUCAUUUUGAUGUUUUUCAAGAUUCACAAUCACCUGAGGUUUCAGCACAUGAUCAAAGAGGAAAUGCAUCUGAAGUUGCAUCAGUUAUUAGGAAAUUCACUGAGCCAGUCAGUGAACUUGAUGAUAGUAACUCCCCGGGGAAACCAAAUGGUGAAUUUGUGGAGAAAAAUGCUGAAAACACAAGUGGGCAUCAGGUCCUGUUGAUUGCUACUGCUGACAGUUCAGAAGGUCUGCCUUCAACUAUCAGACGAUGUUUUAGCCAUGAAAUAAGCAUGGGGCCUUUGACUGAAGAACAAAGGGCUGAAAUGCUAUUUCAGUCACUGCAAAGUGUUUCUGAACUCCUAACUAGUACUGAUUUGGAAGCUUUAGUAAAAGAAAUAGUUGGACAGACAUCUGGUUACAUGCCCAGGGAUAUUUGUGCUUUAAUUGCUGAUGCUGGUGCCAACUUAUUUCCUAGAAACAAUGCUAAAGUUGACAAAGAUGUGCCUGAUGAUGCAGAUAGUUCUUUUAGUUCCAAGAUGGCAGAGGACAAUUAUGGUAAAGUUUCACCUCAGAUUCCUGGGAAAGAAGACUUGUUGAAUGCUUUGGAACGAUCAAAGAAAAGAAAUGCAUCAGCAUUGGGUACUCCAAAGGUUCCAAAUGUGAAAUGGGAAGAUGUUGGUGGGCUUGAAGAUGUCAAAAAGUCAAUCCUGGAUACUGUUCAGUUACCUCUCCUGCAUAAAGAUCUAUUUUCAUCAGGAUUACGGAAGCGAUCUGGUGUUCUUUUGUAUGGUCCUCCUGGAACUGGAAAAACAUUAUUAGCAAAAGCUGUUGCUACAGAAUGUUCAUUGAAUUUUCUUAGCGUGAAAGGUCCUGAACUGAUCAACAUGUACAUUGGAGAGUCUGAGAAGAAUGUACGAGACAUUUUCCAGAAGGCCAGAUCAGCACGUCCAUGUGUCAUCUUCUUUGAUGAGCUUGAUUCUCUUGCACCAGCUAGGGGUGCUUCUGGAGAUUCUGGGGGCGUUAUGGACAGAGUGGUUUCUCAGAUGCUUGCAGAGAUUGACGGCUUAAGUGAUUCAACACAGGAUCUGUUUAUUAUAGGUGCAAGUAAUAGACCAGAUUUGAUAGACCCAGCACUUUUGCGCCCUGGUCGAUUUGAUAAACUGCUAUAUGUUGGAGUUAACUCUGAUGCAUCUUACAGGGAGAGGGUCCUGAAAGCUCUUACCCGAAAGUUCAAAUUGCAUGAAGAUGUCUCACUUUACUCCAUAGCAAAAAAAUGUCCACCAAACUUUACUGGUGCAGACAUGUAUGCCUUGUGUGCAGAUGCUUGGUUCCAUGCUGCAAAGCGCAAAGUUUCAAGUGCAAACCCAGAGUCUUCCAGCCAAGAUAAUGAAGCAGAUUCAGUUCUUGUUGAAUACAAUGAUUUUGUCCAGGUCUUAGAAGAGCUGUCGCCUUCCCUCUCCAUUGCUGAGCUUAAGAAGUACGAGCAACUGAGAGAUCAGUUUGAAGGCACCUCUAAAUGAAUUUUGUUGCUGCUGCUUUGAGAAGACUAUAAAACAAAUAUGCACCAAAUAUGAAUAUUAGCCACAUUAGGAUUCCAACCACGGACCAGGGACGGCCCGCAUCUAGCAAAGUGAGCACCUCACCAUAGCCUAGCAUAGUAACUAACCUCUUUAUUAUUUAAAAAAAAAUAAUGAUGAUACAUGAUAUUUAUUUUAAUUUAAAAUAAACUUUAAUUAGAAUGUAUUGAUAGCUUAAAGGAUUUUUUACAUUGUUAUUCAAUCAUAUAUCGACAAGUAUGGUAAGUUAUUAACUUUUGUAAUAAUUAUUUUAAAAGUCAUAUUUAUUAUGCUUUCUAA